AUGGACGGAUGGACGGAGUUCUCCGAGGACGAUUCUGAAAUUAAUAAUCAGGAACUAGCCAAGAUCAACCGAGCUAUCAAACAAAGUGCACAAAAACGGCAACAGCUGCAAAUUAAUUUCAAGACAACAGUUUUUAAAGAAAAAUAUGAGCUUUCAACUCAACUUUCCUUGGCACUUUCGAAGAAAAACUUGGCUGAGGCGGACAGCGACUGCGAUGCAAUUAAGGAAGUUGUGAGCUCAAAAGACCUCGUCGAAUCGCAAAUCGAAAAAGAGUCAAAUUUAUCGCUCAGCCUCGAUCAACAAAUUCUGCAGCUAAGCGAAGAUAAAUUGUACCUUUCAAAGAAGCUUUCAAAUCUCACCUCUGAUGCCGCUUCGAACGCCAAGGAUGAAGAAGUCAAAGUUUCCAUUCUCAAAAAUCGUCUUCACCAGCAAAUGCUCAGUUACAAUUCCUUGCUCGCAGUCAACAAGGACAAAAAGCAUAAAAUCCAGCAUUUGCGAGGAGAGCACGUGAAAUUCCAAAACCAUUUGGAUCGCCUCGAAAAGUCGAUCCAGCACAAACGAUCGCUUAUGGCAGCGAUGGUUGAUGAAGGAAAUCUUGCCUUUGAGAACCAAGAAGAUGCUCGACAACGGGCGAAAGCUCUUUUGGACAAGAAUGAAAAAGACAUUCUCCAGCAUAGUCUCGAAUAUCGAGAGCUUCAGCGGCAUCUUGACCACGAAGAAAUCACCGAAUGUUUCAUGGACUUGAAGAGUCAAGAUAAAGCAGCUAUCGCCCAAGAAGCAAUUAACAAACGAGCGGCAAUUCUUCUCAAGAAAAAUGAAGCACAAGCUGCAAAAACUCGCGCAUUUCGAACACUCCUUCAGUCGUAUUUAUGCGGCUUACGGCCACCUUCCGAUCGAGGAGCUAAUUGCGAAGUUGUCAAAGAACGAAAAAUUGAAAGAGAGAUUGAAGCAAUUGGCCACUUGAAAUACAAAAUCGAGCGGCUACAGUCAACAAACGAUGACGACCAAAUGAGUGUUGCGAUGAAGAUGUCCGAGUUGACGUCGCAAAACGGGAAAGAGGAGGAGAAUCUUGAAGAGUUGAAGAAACAGCUGGACGAGCAGAACGAGCUAUUCACCAAUCUCUUUGAUGCCAUUCAAAAACUCUCUGAUCGCAUGGGUUGUAAUACGACUUCCAUUCGCAAAUCUCUUGGAGACAACGACGAAAUCAACGAGUCAAACGUUCUUAGGGAGAGUUUAGAAAAUAACUUUCUCGAUUUAAGAUUUAAGCUGUACUUGAAGCUAAAAGCUGAGCAAGAUCCAACAGCCGAGAAAGUUCGCAGAUCUUCUUCGAGUGAGUUCGAAAAGGAUCAAGAAAAGGUCACUGAUGUCAUUAUUCCUCCGGCACUCGAAGACAUGGAUAAGUUUGAAGAUGAUCUGUUGAGUCCAGAAACGGCGAGAGCAAAAGCAAUCGAAGCGAUGACCAAGCGCAACGUCGAAAAACGGCGCACAACGGUGGGAGAUGACUGGGCGGCUCAGCAGCAGAGAACGUUCUCAAAGCGCGCUGACCGACUCCUUUUAUUUAACGACCUCUUACUAGCCGAGCGAGAGUUCUCUUUUCAAUCAUCAAAAGAUCAAGAGAGACAGCGAAGACGAGUGAUGGCUUGCAAGCCCAGAUUUUUGACCUUUUACUUGUCCAUUCUUUUGGUUCUUUCUUCGUUAGCCGCAUUUUCGACAGGGCCGGGUGACUAA